UGAUGAUUGACAUCCACCUCAUAAGGUCGAAUAGCCUCGGGGUUAGGCUCAUCGCUUCUUCUUCUACCUAGUAAUGGCUGCUUCUGGCUCUCAUGUGGAUACUCCUCCGGGAACGCCAUUCACGACCAGCGAAACUCGAUUCAGCACCACUUCAACUAAACGCUUCCGCGAGUCCACUCACCUCAUCCCGACGCCGAGUUCGGGUAAAGAUCGACCCAAGAAUUACGACUCUAUCUACCUGUGGCUACCGGUGGCUGUUGGAACUCCCGUCCUGAUGCUGCUCUUGGGAAUCGCGCUGGAAGUUGGUAUACACAUAUCAUCUAGAAAUGGCGGCUUCUCGGUCCCCAAGAAAAAUGUUCUCACUAGUGUUUCACCACAAUUUCUACUCGUGCGUCUCUUUUGUCCCCAGUUUGCACGUUCCUCGUUACCACAAGACGCUUCAAGGCUGAAUUUUACGCCUAGGUUCGUGAUACCUGUUGGUUACUUCUGGCGAAACUUGGAUUGGACGAUCCGCUGGUAUCAACCUUACGUCAAUCUAUUGCGAGGCAACGCGACCGUGGAGGAGAGCAUCCAGAUGGACUACACAGCGCUCGGGACCGCCUCCAGUGUCCUUGCGGCCUUGAAGUUUAACCACAGAGUUAUCUUUUGGUCGUCAAUGCUCGCUGCCUCGACAUAUAUCUACGCAUCUCUGGCUGGUGCCAUUUUCCAGAUCCACACGGGGGUUCUCAUCACAUAUACCCAAGCUCAAAGUACACGCAGCCUAGGCCUCGAUCCGGACGUGGCCCAAUUGAACGCAUUUGCAGCUGCAGCUGGCUUUGUGCAGGCAGCAGUGUUCAAUGAUCUCGGCGAUCCCCCUUUUGUCUCGCAAGGGUGGUCCACUGCCCAGUUUGUCUUUCCAGAUAUUGGACUGAAUGGUUCUAUGACUGUGAACACGACCGCCAUCCGUAGCAACCCCAAUUGCACUAAUCCCACCUCCACACCUGUCGUGACUGUUAUCAACAGUACAAGCUCCACAAUCUCAGCAACUUCACUGACGGGUUGCACACAAACUGUUACGAUCGCCACAAAUGUCUCUGAUUUGCAAUACAGUGUUGCACCAGCCCCGUGCGGAAGCUCAAAGAAUACGGACGAACAAUUCCAGCCGAUCGUGUUCUGGUUCUUCCAGAAUCAGACAAGCAGCAACAAGGCCCGAGCGGUCUUCUGUGAUCCCAGUAUGGACCUCUUCUAUGUCCACGCGACUGCAGAUCUGGCGAGCGGGGCUCUCACUGGCGUCGUCCCCGCCUCAGACUAUCUCGUAGCAAACAAUGUCACGGGCCCGCCCAUUAACGGGGUCCCAUAUAACGCCGUCAUCUUCCGCCCCAAUGUGGAUCCGUUCAUCCAAGCUCGAGCAACGGCAACUCGUGUGGGAGUGCCCGGUGCGAUAUUCCGAUCUGCUCUUCAAAGUGCAAAUGGAUUGCAAGCAAUAUUCGGCGAGCCAAACGGGUUUUUAGACAUUGCCAGCAAUGUUUAUUUCUCUUCCCGGCCACUUUCUCGCCUUCCUGCUAUUCUUUGCAGGCUUCUUGGGUAUAUUCUUGCAGCUCAUCCACCGACGUCAAAGAAGGAAUUUUUUUUGGCUUCCCCACCCGGUUCCAUUGCUACCGCCGUUGCUCUCACCAACCGCUCGGGCUGGGGUGAAUUGCUUCUGCCAUACGACAGCCCCGAAGUGAUAGAGAAGAAGCUGCACGGUCUCCGAUUCAGACUCGACAAGCGGACGGGAGCGAUCGUGGCUGAUGACUACGGGACCAGCUUUGAUGACGAUGCCGCACCCCGCGGGCCUGAUGAUGCCAUGAUGUCACUUUUGGGCAAGCACCAGGGCUUGCAGUCCUCGACAGCAUUCGCACAGGAGGCUGCAUUGGAGGCCUCAGGAUAUCCGCAUGAAACAUACAAGACACCUUACGACCAUUAAUCUGAUCAUUCUCGGACUAGGAUUCACGGACCUUCGUACACUCUCAUGUCCAUGUCAUUGUACCUCUUGCAUUUCUGUCAAUAGUACUUAAUCGCCCUGUAACCCAGUGGAUACUACUUAGAACGUCUGGAUAUGCACGGGAUUUGCCGACGCUCAUCAAUCAACAGCCAAUAACAGAAUGGGACCAGUCCAACCUUGUCCCUUUCUCUUGUGUCUCAACCAUGCGUGAAAUCGUCCACCUUCAAACUGGCCAGUGCGGAAACCAGAUCGGUUCCAAGUUCUGGGAAGUCCUUUCAGACGAACACAGUAUCGGUGGCGAUGGUCUCUACAGCGGUGACAACGACCUCCUGCUGGAGCGAAUCUCAGUUUACUACAAUGAAGUCGGGGGGAACAAGUACGUCCCGCGCGCGGUUCUGAUCGACCUCGAACCGGGAACAAUGGACUCCGUGCGGUCUGGCCCUCUGGGCAAUCUCUUCCGUCCAGACAACUUCGUGUUUGGUCAAAAUGGUGCAGGAAACAACUGGGCGAAAGGACACUACACAGAGGGCGCUGAGCUCGUCGAUGCCGUGUUGGACGUUGUCCGAAAGGAGGCGGAGGGAACUGACUGUCUUCAGGGAUUCCAAAUCACCCACUCUCUCGGUGGUGGAACCGGUUCUGGAAUGGGAACGCUUUUGAUAUCCAAAGUUCGCGAGGAGUACCCCGACCGAAUGAUGUGCACAUACUCUGUUGUGCCCAGUCCCAAAGUGUCGGACACAGUCGUCGAGCCGUACAACGCUACCCUGUCUGUUCAUCAACUCGUCGAGAACUCUGACGAGACCUUCUGCAUCGAUAACGAAGCUCUGUAUGAUAUCUGCUUCCGCACGCUCAAGCUCUCGACACCCACAUACGGGGACUUGAACCACCUUGUGUCGUGUGUGAUGUCUGGUAUUACCACUUGCCUGCGGUUCCCUGGUCAGCUCAACUCUGAUCUGCGCAAGCUUGCCGUCAACAUGGUCCCCUUCCCUCGUCUUCACUUCUUCAUGACCGGCUUCGCACCUUUGACGGCACGCACUAGCGCUCAAUACCGAGCGGUGAGCAUUCCUGAGCUCACCGCCCAGAUGUUCGACGCAAAGAACAUGAUGGCAGCUUGUGACCCACGGCACGGUCGCUACCUGACUGUCGCUGCUGUCUUCCGAGGCAAGGUUGCGAUGAAGGAAGUGGAGGAGCAGAUGCAAAAUGUCCAGAACAAGAACUCCGCGUACUUCGUCGAGUGGAUUCCCAACAACGUUCUCAGUGCCCACUGUGACAUUCCCCCGCGCGGCUUCAAGAUGGCGGUUACAUUCAUUGGCAACACUACGAGUAUUCAAGAACUAUUCAAGCGUGUCAGCGACCAGUUCACAGCCAUGUUCAAGCGCAAGGCCUUCCUGCACUGGUACACUCAGGAGGGUAUGGAUGAGAUGGAGUUCACCGAAGCCGAGUCCAACAUGCAGGAUCUUGUUGCCGAGUACCAGCAAUACCAAGAUGCAACCAUCGAGGAAGAUCUCGAGUACGAAGAGGAACUCCCCGAGGAAUAGAUAUCAGACUUUGCAACUUUUCUCUUUUCGACUUACACCAGUGGUUUUCUUGUUGCACGCUUCCAUGCGCCGCCAUUGUCCAGCUCGCCGUUCCGUCAAGAAUACAUUACGACUCGUCACGCACAUUCGUUUAUUGUAAAAUUUAUAGCUUCCCUAGUCUUUCCCGGUUACUCUACAUCUCAUGCCAAUCAACAUUGGAAACAUCCGUCGCAGAUACUGACAAA